AUGUCGAAAGUCUCGUUCAAGAUCACGCUCACGUCGGACCCGAAGCUUCCGUUCCGGGUGUUGAACGUCCCCGAGGAGGCGCCGUUCACCGCGGUGCUUCGAUACGCCGCGGAGGAGUUCAAGGUCCCCGCGGCGACGUCCGCGAUCAUCACGAACGACGGCGUCGGCAUCAAUCCGGCGCAGACGUCGGGGAACGUGUUCUUGAAGCACGGCUCGGAGCUCAGGUUGAUCCCGCGCGAUCGCGUGGGUGGGAGGUGA